AUGUACUCUGAGUACCACUGUUUUGAUGAUGCAAUUCGGCUUUUUAAUGGAGUACCUUCACCCGAUUUGGUUUUGUGGACCUCAAUUAUAUCUGGCUUUUCUCAGAGUGGCAAAAGCCAAGAGGCAUUAAAAUUUUACGCUCUCAUGUGGGAAGAACUAGAUGAGUACCCAAACAAUUAUACAUUCUCUAGUGUCCUAUGCUCAUGCUCGGGUCUAGCUGCAGUGGAAGAAGGAAAGCAGAUUCACUGCCAGAUUAUCAAGUUAAGUUCUGAUAUAGGUUCUGCUGAGUUUGUUAGUAGUAGCUUGUUAGAGAUGUAUGCAAAGUCUGGGUACAUUGAAGAGGCAAAAAAGCUCUUCAACAAGACUUUACAACGAGACAUAGCAACAUGGAAUUCCAUGAUCACAAACCUAGCACAACAUGGAGAUGCUGCAAGUGCCCUAGAAAUAUUUGGAGAACUUCUGGAUUUGCCUAAUUUGGAGCCUAACCAUAUCACCUACGUAGGAGUUCUCUCAGCCUGCAACCACAAAGGCCUGGUAGAAGAGGGUUAUGAAUAUUUCAAAAUGAUCAAGGAUCCCACAAUUGAUCACUACACUUGUUUGAUUGACCUCCUUAGACGGGCUGGGCGUGUAGCUGAAGCAUUAAGCGUCAUAGAACAAAUGCCAUUUGAUCCGAAUGAAAUAAUAUGGUCGUCACUACUGGCAGCUAGUGCACUUCAUGGAAAGGUCGACCUAGGAGAAUAUUCAGCUAACCGCAUAUUGCAGUUAAAUCCAAAAGAUUCUGGAACCUAUGUUGCUCUGUCAAAUAUUUAUGCUGCAGCAGGUAGAUGGAAUGAUGUAGAUUUGGUAAGGAAGAUAAUGAAAGAUCAAGGUGUAAGGAAAAAUCCAGGGCAAAAUUUUUUAACUGUAAAUAGAUUGAGCCGUACUUUCCUUGCAGCAGAAGGUUGA